CCUGGUCUGCUGCAUGCAUCCCAUAUCCCUGGCUGGGUGGGUGAACUUGAAGCACUCUCUAACAAAGCUGCUGCUCUUGCAUUAGGCUAGACACCCUCUCAUCCAUUUUAAGCACUGGUCUCUCCCAGUGCCAUUCAUAAGCUUCAGAAGAAAAUGGGGUUGGCCCCAUGGCUUAUCUGGCCAUCCAUUCUGCACUGAGGCUGCCUGUCCAUUCAUGAGGUGCUGUCUGUGAGCUGGUGUGUGGGGCCUAGCAGCCCGAGACAGAAGGGCUUUCCCUCUUGACCCACCAGGUGAGCCUCAACCCUGAGCUGCCCAGGUCUGCUCUGGGGGUGGAAGCUGAUGCACAUGACCUAAUUCCCUCCUGUUGGUAUUUUUAUCCCCUCCCCUGCCAGCACCUCUCUCCGGUGCCUGCUGCAUGCUGUAAACAACAGUCACUGACAGCCCUUUGGAGCUCAGUGCCUUGUGUGCUGCUCCAUGGAAAUCAGUUGCAGCCUGCACCGUGAGAGGACACUGUCCCCCAACUGGCCUGGGACCCUCUCCCAGGCCAGCACAGCUUCUCGGGAGCAGCUAGCUCCUGGAUGUCUAUCUUCCCCUCCCUCUUCUCUCCAACAGAAACCUGUUUGUCAAGGCCACCAAAGCGAUGGUGUGUGGCUGCAAGUGAGGAGCAGGCCAGACUGCAAAGGAGGAUGAAGGGCGUGUUCGCUAGCCAAUCUGAGGAGCAGGAGGACAGGUCCACCACCCUGUGCCCCCUGUCAGGGGCACCUGCUUAGCAAUGUUGCUGACGCACAGCUGUGAUACCAGGCCCCCUUUGUGAAACAGCCGGUGAGAUCAUCUUUCCUGCAGCCCUCACAGCAAAUGGGCUUCACGGACACAGCAGCUGGGGAUGGCGCCUCGCCCCACUGAGACCAUGUCAGAAGGGCUGCGCGGGGAGCCAGAGGCAGACUGCCCAGUUUGCUGGAACCCCUACAACAACACCUUCCGUACCCCAAAGCUCCUGGAGUGCCAGCAUUCCUUUUGCAUCGAGUGCCUGGCACACCUGAGCCUGGUGUCCCCUGCCCGCAACCGGCUGCAAUGCCCACUCUGCCGCCACCCCACAGUGCUCCCAUUCAACCAGCCCAUCACCGAGCUGCCCACCAACUCGGAUGUCCUGCGGCUGCUCAAACUGGAGCCCAACCAUAUCAUCCUGGAGGGCCGGCAGCUGUGCCUAAAGGAUGAGCAGAAAUCACGGUACUUCCUGCGCCAGCCCAGAGUUUAUACCCUCAACCUGGGAACAGAUCCAGGGCCCAGGCUAGGUAGCUCCCAGGCUUCCCUUAGGCCGACCUCCAUCCCCAGCCGCUCUUCCCUUCAGCAGUGCAUCCGUAACCCCCAGUUCCGCAUCUUUGCCUACCUGAUGGCCAUCAUCCUCAGCAUGACACUGCUGCUCAUCUUCUCCAUCUUCUGGACGAAGCAGUUCCUGUGGGGCAUAGGCUGAGGGCUUGGCAAGCCCCACAACUGGAACCCAGAGCUCAACAUCUUCUCAGACAGCAAAAGGACCCAGGUGACAUCAGCUACUUGGCAUCUGCUCUGGGCAGGGGAGUCCUCUCUGCACCCUCCAGGACCAUCUCAGUGAUACACCCAGCCAUACUAGUCGUCUGGCUGCAUCCCAAGACCUGAGGGUUCCCCGGCAGCCAUGCUGAGCAUUGUGCACCAACAGCAGCAGAACCUGUAUGAUGUUCUGGAACUGCCCCAUCAGCUGAAGCUCUUUGCUGCCUGUCAUGGGGUCUGGGGCCCCGACAUAAGCUCCAAGGCGCUAUGGGAAUACAGAUGCUCAUAGUAGUGGGCAACAAGGCCAUUAUACUGGACGGCCAGGACUCAAGAGGAGGGGAUACUGCAAAUCCCAGCCCAGGAGGAAUGAGCCAGAACCUUAUGGAAAGUGAAGAUUUCUAGAGGCUCACCUGAGACUCAUCUUCUUGCCUCUUCUGGGAUAAUACCACCAAGGACAACAUGCAGACCAGGACAUUCAUGUCCACAGACUGACACCACCUGUUGUGACAAAGGUCCUCGCGGGGCGGGGGGGGGGGGGGUUUGCGCUUUUCCCAUCUGCUGGAUAAGCAGACCCCUGGCCCACAGCAAAGACCUGCAAGAAAUUUAAUCUUUUGUCUUUUUGAGCUAAUUGUUGCACUUUUUUGUUGUGUUGUUUACAAUCAAACGCAUUCAGCUCCUGUGCCAGGGCCCCAAGCUCCUCCUCUGCUCUCACCCCUCAACUUCACUUUCUUUUCCAGAGGCAAGGAAAUAAAUGUGAACGGUUUCCAUUCC